CGGCAGAGUUAAAGGUCAGACUGCAGCGCCGUACGGAAAGAAACAUGGUGACAUGCAUUGAUGGUGGGGUGGGUGAAUCUAUUUUAACCCGGUGAUUAUUAUUAUUAUAGAAACUGACAGCGGUGCUUUUCGUAGCCUUCUUUUCUCCAAAGAGCCUUGCUUUCGUGAAGAGGGGUCACGAUGGUGAAGGAGCAGUUUAGAGAAACAGAUGUGGCCAAAAAGAUAAGCCACAUCUGUUUCGGGAUGAAAUCGGCGGAGCAGAUGCGGCAGCAGGCUCACAUCCAGGUGGUCAGCAAGAACCUCUACAGCCAGGACACCAGCCACACGCCGCUGCCCUACGGAGUCCUGGAUCACCGCAUGGGGACGAGCGAGAAAGACCGACCGUGCGAGACGUGUGGGAAGAAUCUGGCCGACUGUUUGGGGCAUUAUGGCUAUCUUGACUUGGAGCUGCCCUGUUUCCACGUGGGAUAUUUCAAGGCCAUUAUUGGGAUCCUCCAGAUGAUCUGCAAAACCUGUUCACACAUCAUGCUUUCCAAGGAGGAGAAAAGGCAGUUCCUCGAUUACCUGAAACGGCCCGGUUUAGCUUAUCUGCAGAAGAGGGGAUUAAAGAAGAAGAUUUCAGACAAAUGUCGUAAAAAGACCGUCUGCCUAAACUGCUCUGCCUUUAAUGGCCCUGUAAAAAAGUGUGGCUUGCUUAAGAUCAUCCACGAAAAGUACAAAACCACCAAGAAAGUUGUGGACACGAUUGUGUCUGACUUCCUUCAGUCCUUCGAUAUCGCGAUAGAGCACAACAAAGAAGUGGAACCUUUACUGACUCGAGCUCAGGAGAACUUGAAUCCCCUGCUCGUGAUGAACUUGUUCAAGAGGAUCCCGUCGGAGGACGUCCCGCUGCUGCUGAUGAACCCCGAGACCGGCAAGCCGGCAGACCUGAUCCUCACGCGCUUGCUGGUCCCCCCCCUCUGCAUCCGGCCCUCCGUCGUGAGCGACCUCAAGUCGGGCACCAACGAGGACGACCUCACCAUGAAGCUCACGGAGAUCAUCUUCCUCAAUGAUGUCAUCAAGAAGCAUCGCAUGUCGGGAGCCAAGACCCAGAUGAUCAUGGAGGACUGGGACUUCCUGCAGCUGCAGUGCGCGCUGUACAUCAACAGCGAGCUCUCCGGGAUCCCGCUCAACAUGGCGCCCAAGAAGUGGACCCGAGGCUUCGUACAGAGACUCAAGGGAAAACAAGGGCGUUUCAGAGGAAACCUGUCCGGGAAGAGAGUAGAUUUCUCCGGCAGGACGGUGAUCUCCCCCGACCCCAACCUGCGGAUCGACGAGGUGGCCGUCCCCAUCCACGUAGCCAAAAUUCUCACCUACCCAGAGAAGGUGAACAAGGCCAACAUAGAUCUGAUGAGGAAGCUGGUUCGCAAUGGGCCCGAUCUUCACCCCGGCGCCAAUUUCAUUCAGCAGAGACACAUGCAGAUGAAAAGAUUCCUGAAGUACGGGAAUCGUGAGAAGAUGGCCCAGGAGCUGAAGUACGGGGACACUGUGGAGAGGCACAUGAUAGACGGCGACAUUGUCCUGUUCAACCGACAGCCAUCUCUGCACAAGCUGAGCAUCAUGGCCCAUAUAGCAAGAGUGAAGCCUCACCGGACCUUCCGAUUCAAUGAGUGUGUGUGCACGCCCUACAAUGCUGACUUUGAUGGGGAUGAGAUGAACCUUCACCUCCCUCAGACCGAGGAGGCCAAAGCGGAGGCGCUGGUGCUGAUGGGGACCAAAGCCAAUUUGGUAACCCCGCGGAACGGAGAGCCUCUGAUUGCUGCAAUCCAGGACUUCCUGACAGGAGCCUACCUUCUUACUCUGAAAGACACCUUCUUUGACAGAGCAAAAGCUUGUCAGAUUGUGGCCUCCAUUCUCGUAGGGAAGGACGAAAAGAUGAAGAUCUCUCUGUCACCCCCUGCAAUCCUGAAGCCCGUGGCUCUGUGGACCGGGAAGCAGAUCUUCAGUCUAAUUUUGAAGCCCAGCAAGUCUUGUCCAGUCAAAGCCAACCUGCGGACCAAGGGCAAGCAGUACUGUGGGCGGAAUGAGGACCUGUGCCACAACGACUCCUUCGUGGUGAUCCAAAACAGCGAGCUCAUGUGUGGCAGCAUGGACAAGGGCACCCUGGGCUCGGGGUCCAAGAACAACAUCUUCUACAUCCUGCUGAGGGACUGGGGGCAGAUGGAGGCCGCCGACGCCAUGUCCCGCCUCGCCAGGCUUGCUCCCGUCUACCUCUCCAACCGAGGCUUCUCCAUCGGGAUUGGGGACGUGACGCCCGGGCAGGGUCUGCUGAAGGCCAAGCAGGACCUGCUGGACGCGGGCUACAAGAAGUGCGACGAGUACAUCGAGGCGCUGAACACGGGAAAGCUACAGCAGCAGCCUGGCUGCACCGCGGAGGAGACCUUGGAGGCACUUAUCCUGAAGGAGCUCUCCGUGAUAAGAGACCACGCGGGCAGUGCCUGUCUCACCGAGCUGGACAAAAGUAACAGCCCACUCAUCAUGGCGCUGUGCGGCUCCAAAGGCUCCUUCAUUAACAUCUCACAGAUGAUUGCCUGUGUGGGCCAGCAGGCCAUCAGCGGCUCUCGAGUGCCCGAUGGCUUUGAGAACCGCUCCCUUCCCCAUUUCGAGAAGCACUCCAAGCUUCCAGCCGCGAAGGGCUUCGUCGCCGACAGCUUCUACUCGGGCUUGACCCCCACGGAGUUCUUCUUCCAUACCAUGGCCGGCCGAGAAGGUCUCGUGGACACAGCCGUCAAAACGGCCGAGACGGGUUACAUGCAGAGGCGCCUGGUGAAGUCGCUGGAGGACCUCUGCUCGCAGUACGACCUCACGGUGCGCAGCUCCACUGGCGACAUCAUUCAGUUCAUCUACGGAGGGGACGGCCUCGAUCCCGCCGCCAUGGAGGGCAAAGAUGAGCCGCUGGAGUUCAAAAGAGUGCUGGAUAACAUCAGGGCCGUCUACACUUGCCCUGAGCAGCCGGCCCUCAGCAAGAACGAGCUGAUACUGACAGCAGAGUCCAUAAUGAAAAAGAGCGAUUUCCUGUGCUGCCGGGACAGUUUCCUGGAGGAUUUAACUGAGACAGGUUAUGUGAAGUACUUUGAGGAAAUAAAGAAGUUCAUCAAGAGUGCAGCUGAAAAAAUCAAGAAGACCCGCGACAAGUAUGGCAUCAACGAUAACGGCAGCACAGAGCCAAAAGUUCUGUACCAGCUCGACAGGAUCACGCCGACCCAGCUAGAGAAGUUCCUGGAGACGUGUAGAGACAAAUACAUGAGGGCCCAGAUGGAGCCGGGCUCUGCUGUGGGCGCUUUGUGCGCGCAGAGCAUCGGGGAGCCCGGCACGCAGAUGACCCUCAAGACCUUCCACUUCGCUGGCGUGGCCUCUAUGAACAUCACGCUGGGGGUACCCCGCAUCAAGGAGAUCAUCAACGCCUCCAAAAAUAUAAGCACCCCAAUUAUCAGUGCCCACUUGGACAUAGAGGACAACGCAGACUUUGCCCGCCUCGUGAAGGGGAGGAUCGAGAAGACUCUUCUCGGAGAGAUCUCAGAGUACAUUGAGGAGGUCUUUCUUCCCGAUGACUGCUUUAUUCUCGUAAAGUUGUCGCUGGAACGGAUCCGGCUGCUUCGGCUCGAGGUCAACGCAGAGACGGUGCGUUACUCCAUCUGCAUGUCCAAGCUGAGGGUGAAGCCGGGUGACAUCGCCGUGCACGGGGAGGCCGUGGUGUGUGUGACGCCCCGGGAGAGCAGCAAGAGCUCCAUGUACUAUGUCCUGCAGUCCCUAAAGGAGGAGCUGCCUAAGAUCGUGGUGCAGGGCAUUCCCGAGGUCGCCCGGGCUGUCAUUCACAUCGACGAGCAGAGCGGCAAGGAGAAGUACAAGCUCCUGGUGGAAGGAGACAACCUUCGUAGCGUCAUGGCAACCCAUGGCGUCAAUGGCAGCAGGACCUCGUCAAACAACACCUAUGAGGUUGAGAAGACCCUGGGCAUUGAAGCUGCCAGGUCCACUAUAAUCAAUGAGAUUCAAUACACAAUGGUGAACCACGGAAUGAGUAUUGACAGACGCCAUGUCAUGCUACUGGCUGACCUCAUGUCCUACAAGGGCGAAAUCCUCGGAAUCACCCGGUUUGGCCUGGCGAAGAUGAAGGAAAGCGUGCUGAUGCUGGCGUCUUUCGAGAAAACCGCCGAUCACCUCUUCGACGCCGCGUACUUCGGACAAAAGGACUCCGUGUGCGGUGUAUCCGAGUGUAUUAUUAUGGGCAUUCCGAUGAACAUCGGGACCGGACUGUUCAAGCUACUGCACAAAGCUGACAAGAACGCCUCGCCUCCCCAAAGGCCUCUGCUCUUCGAUAACAGUGAAUUCCACAUUCCCAUCGUCACGUAGCCCUUACGUCGCCUACGGACGCCUGCCGGAUGUUCGUUUGUCCAGCGGCGAUAAGUGGUAUGUUGUAAAUGCUGCUCGCGCGGUUACCUCUGAAUGGUUAACUUAAUAUGCAUCGCAUAUAUUUAAAAUUGAAAUGUCAUGAUUUGAUUUGAGGUUCAAAGGAAAGUAUUUGUUUGUUUGUUUGUUUUGUUUUUUAAUUGUAAUAGAGGUUUAAAAAAAUAUGUUUAGUUGACCUGGACCUGGUUGGCUCAGAAGUGCCUUUCACAGCCUCACUGGGAAAGCUUUCAGUACAUAAGAGUAGGAAUGUAACUCUUUCUCUGGCUUCAUUUGUAAGCCCAAGGUGCACCUGCCAGAUGUUUCAUAGCUAUGCUAUGCCGCGCCGCGCAUCCGUGUCGUUCAUUUUCCUACCGGGAAAUUUUUUCAUUUUCACUUUUUCCUCCCACCUCUCCCAGUUAUACAUUUAUGUGUAUAAAGUGAGGCGGCCUGCAGGCUAAAUUAUAGGUCAUCUGCUGUCUGGCUUUUGUAAUUUUUGCGUGUAUAUAUUUGGAAAUGGUAUGAAUAUGAAUAAAAGUUUAACUUGGA